AAUCGAUGUCAUUCAUCCGCAAAGACUCGGAAGCAUCACUCUUCUUGCGCAGUGCGGACUGGAAACACUAAUGGGCCAUGGCCAUACCUAGUACUGAAAUAGUACAGCAAGCUACUACGAAGCUAUUAGAAGAAGCUCGUGCCGAAGGGAAAUUAAGCAAGCUCACUGUACGCAUUGUGCGUGAGAGGCUGGAGGAAAGCCUUGACCUCUCACCUGGGACUUUAGGACGCAAAAGAGACAAUGUUUCAACGCCACCGAAUGAGGCAGAUGGUGAAAAGAGCCAGCCGAAACCCUCAAAGAAACGCAAGGUAGCAGCAGAUGAAGAGCUCGUUAAACCUCGCAAAGGCGCCUCUAAGCCCAAGGCGUCGCCCGGGAAGAGCAAGAAAGGAAAGCAGGUACCCAAGUCCUCUGCUGUAGUGGACUCUGAAUUGUCCGAAAUAUCUGAAGACGAAGUUCCAGCUAGGGAGAAACAGGUUAAACCUCCGAAAAAUAAGGCUGUAUCAGAACUGCAGAGUGAGGGUGAGGAUGACGACGAGCAUGAAGCGAAAACCUCCAGCUACAAAUCUACUGUCGAGUCUUCUGGCGACGAGGCUGAUGCUAAGUGUCCAUCCGAAUCCGUCGUGACGUCUUUAAAGAAGGAAAUACCGUCACCUAAGAAAUCACCUUCAAAGGAGAAGCCUCUAUCCAAACCUAAGUCGUCCACCAAGCAAGAUGCGAAACAUGAGUUAGACGACGAGUUCAAGCACGGAGCGAGUUCUUCCACUUCAAAGUCUCAGGAACCUGUUGUCCUGAAACAUGCACGUCCCCACAGCGAACCUGAGAAUGAUUCCGACAUGUCAGUAGUCAUCGAUGAACCCCCGAAGAAAAGAAGGAAGAAACAGGAGAAGGAUUCAAACAAGAAACCCCUGACAGAACGCAAGAAGGCACGGAAGAGCAACACAGCAGGGUCUAAGGAUGAUGAGACUGUCUCCAAACUCAAGGUUGCUUGUGGCGUACGCAAGAUGUGGAAGAAAGAAUUUCGCAGAUUUGGAUACACCAGGUCGUCUCACUCUGGAGAAAGCGAAGACCAUUAAAGCAAGAGAGAGACUCGCACAGGAACUUAGGGAUGUGCAAGAUUUCGCAGAGGCGGAACGCCGGCGAGAAACGAGGAAAGAAAAGGGCGUAUCGCAGGAUGAACAAUCAGGAUCAGGAAGUGACGAUGAGGACGAGGAUCCACCAGUCAAGAGGAAGAAAACUGCGGGCGCGAGCAUUCUAGCCUUUUUGGGGGACCAGAGUGACGACGAAUAACUUGGAAUAACUUGUAUACUUCUUACAUCUCCUUGAUAUCUCCUCUUGAAUCCUAUGUAACUUCUUACUGACUUUAUGUUUUGUACUACGUGCACUCUGACUA